ACCGUUUGCGCGUUUGUUGCCACCGUGUACCGAGCUGACAGCGGCUCGUGUGACACCAUGGAUAACACACACACACACACACAUAACACACACACACUACCGCUACUGCUGCUCUAUAAAACCCCAGACACUCACACACACACACCGACACACAAACACACAGCGAGCUCUUUAGUGCGGAGGAGAAACUUUCUACCUGAACCAUCAUGGGCGUCAUCAUCUCACGAAUCUUCUCCAGGUUCACCUCCAAGACACCCGUCCGGAUUUUAAUGGUGGGUCUGGAUGGAGCAGGUAAAACCACACUGCUGUACAAACUGAAGCUGGCCGAGGUCGUCACCACCAUCCCAACCAUUGGUUUUAAUGUGGAGACAGUGGAGUAUAAUAACAUCAGUUUCACAGUUUGGGAUGUUGGUGGUCAGACUGUCAUCAGGCCUCUGUGGAGACAUUACUACACUAACACACAGGGUUUGAUAUUUGUGGUCGACAGCAACGACCCCGAGAGGAUUAAAGAGGCUGGAGACGAGCUGCACAGGAUGUUGGAGGAGGACGAGCUGAGAGGCGUGGCCGUUCUGGUUUUCGCUAACAAGCAGGAUUUGCCCAGAGCCAUGUCCGUCAUUGAUGUCACCACGGCCCUGGGCCUAUCAGCGAUCUCACAGCCGUGGUAUGUCCAGUCGUCCUGUGCCGUCAGUGGUACAGGUCUGGUCGAGGGUCUGGACUGGCUCUCCCACCGGAUCCUGAAGCAGUAGGAGCUGAAGUGAAGCUCUGGAUUGUUCCUUUUCCUGCUGAGUCUUCAAAGACAAAAGGCUUUCUUCUGUGAACUGAGCCGAGACUGUGAAUCCAGCAGAGACACAACAAAAUGAUCCCACAUACGUUAAAUCCAGCUUUCCGCAAAGACAUUUUACCGCUGCGUUCAAAAGCACGUAGGAAAACCCUGUAGAUCCCAGCUCUUCCAGAAAACACACUACAGAUUGUACCAUGUUCAUGGCACAUUAAAAGAAUCAUAAAGAUGGGGUGAAAUGUCAGAGCAACAAUCUGAGACUAGGGAAUUACAUUUAUUAACUUAAAAUGAACCUGCAGCAGGUCAUUUUAGCUUUCAGUUUUCAAAAACAGAUCAAUUUUAUCACCUCAAACAGAGCUUCAGGCUUUGAGUUGCUGUCCCUGCCAUCAGAAAGUCGAGAAGAGUCGAUGAUAAGGAGCUAAGGAGAUAAGGAGCCACUGACGAUGUCAAAACUGUUUAUACUUCCAACAGGUCGAAAGACAGAUGUAAUGUUUUAGACUCGUGCUUUCAAACCUUUUGAGCUUCUUAUGCCUCAAAAUAAAGUGACGUCUACUCGUGUGAGGUCAUGACCUUAAUGUGGACAUGAGAGAAGGAUUUUCCGUCUGUUUCAUCCGAAAAAAUAGAGAAAAAUCAGAUCUAUCACAUUAUUUUGUGUCACACAGGUUUCUGGUCAUCCCAUAAAUAUUUGUUUUUGACAGGCAGGUGGGUCAUUUUUAUGGGAAACACAUCUGAACUGCACUGAUUAUUUUCAUCUUUUCAUCUGUUGAGGGAUUGUAAGCAUUAACAUAAAUUUAAUCUCUUAUCUGUCAUUAAUGAUGUUAGGCUUGAAAUAAACUUAAUGACUUCUUUUAUAAGUCAAUUAUAUGUUUCCUGUAACAGUUUCUUCGUCACAUGAAGAAACACAUGAUUAAAACUGCCCUGCUGGUUUUGUUGCGUAAAUUUAAAGACUCUUUUUUUUACGUGUUGCUAUUUGAAUAAUCAGCUGAGAUUCUUUUCUGUCGCUUCACAUGUACAGUAAGUCAAUAUUAUUUAUUGAUCAUGUUCAUAUUUUUCUUAUAUUAAAGUUUUUAAGGGGG